CUUCUCUCUCUAACUCCUAACUCUUCAUCUUCCAUCUUUUCUUUUACACUUUCUCUCUCUUCUCUGUUCUCCGUGCCGCUGCUGUGGCUUCAAGCUUCUCUCAUUUCCAAACCCUACAAGGAGCAAGCCCACGAUUUGGCCGGAGCUAAUUCUCCGUCAGCGGCGGCGACGGGGUGGAUCGGAUCAGUGUAGGCCCACUUUCUUGAGAGAGAGAAAGUGCGGUUGGGGUUAGAGAGAGAGAGAGGAAAAUGUACAAGAACCAGCUUCAGGAGCUGGCACAGCGAAGCUGUUUCAACCUCCCUUCCUACACGUGCAUUCGGGAAGGUCCCGAUCACGCGCCGCGCUUCAAGGCCACCGUUAACUUUAACGGCGAGAUCUUCGAGAGCCCUCACUAUUGCUCCACUCUCCGUCAAGCAGAACACUCUGCGGCUGAGGUGGCACUCAAUUCCCUCUCUCACCGUGCUCCCUCUCACUCCCUCGCCGCUAGAAUCCUCGAUGAAACGGGAGUAUACAAGAACCUCUUGCAGGAAAUUGCACAAAGGGUAGGGGCUCCAUUGCCGCAGUACUUUACAUUCAGGUCAGGCCUAGGACAUUUACCUGUUUUUACUGGGACGGUAGAAUUAGCUGGAAUUAUGUUUACUGGUGAACCUGCCAAGAAUAAGAAACAAGCAGAGAAAAAUGCAGCUAUGGCAGCUUGGUCCUCCCUAAAGCAAUUGGCAAAAGAAACUGCAAGCUCCUCAAAUGAGCCGGAGAACAACGACGAACUAGAACAGAUCACUAUAGCCCGGGCUUUACUGAACUACCGACUGAAGGAAAAAAUGUCAAUCUCAAAUCCAAAUGCUCCAAUUCCAUUUCCAAAGAAGUUUCAGAUUCAAAAUCCCAGGCCAACUAGCCCUCAGCCUCCACCUGCGGCAACAUCAAAGAUACUUCCCUUAAUUUGCCAAAAGGCAGCACCUCGAAGCAGGCAUUCAGCAGCAGCAGCAGCAGCUGCCAGUGACAAUUCUGCAAUGCCACCACAUUCUUUUGCACCAGAAAUCCGAGGGAUCUGUCGCCCUAAGUUCCCCGCAGCAGGAGCAGCACCUUAUGUCCCCAUUCGACAAAUGAGACCACCCUGCCAGGGGAUUGCUCCUCCGGUGACUAUAAGGACUGCAAUACCUGUGUUCUCUCCACCUCCCCUACCACCACCAGCCGCUGCAGUGUCCCAUCAAGUACUACGAGCUCCUCCUGUACGGGUUGCUCCUCCGGUCACAAUACGACAAGCCGUUCCAGUAUUUGCUGCUCCACCGGUCCCAAAAGAUGAACCGGUUCCCAUCCAAAGAGGCGACCCACCAACUGUGAGUGCCCCUAGCCUGGAAGACAAGCUACCGGCUAAAACUGAGGAGACCGAGGAGAGCAACAAGAGCGACAAGAGUCCACCGGAAUCUGAGGCAUUGCAGAGCAUGGAGCAGCUGAAAAUUUGAAUGAUGGUUUAGUGAUGGAUGUGGAGUUUGGUUCUGAUGUUAUAAUGAGUGAUGCAAUUUCACUCCUUGCUUUUGUCCUGUUCAAAUGCGACAGUUGGUGCAGGUUAGCAUCAGCGGGUCGAAGUAUGUGUAAAAUUGAAGAGCGGUUCAGCAUAUGUUAUUUUUUUAUUAUGCUUUUUAUUUUAUGUAUGUUAAUGUUAGUCAUAUCUUAUUAUACAUAUUUCACAGCAAUCACUGACAUCCUUCGGUUGAGUUGAG